UAUUGGGUAAACAGAUAUAUAAUGUCUUUGAAAGUCGAAACUGAAACAAAUAUCAAUAGCGAACCGUGUGUGGCUGCUUGGAAUAAUAAAUUAUACGUGGGUACGGAUGAUGGCUCCAUAAAAUCGUUCAACGCCGACUUAACUCCGGCUGCCUCGUGGACGGCGCACACUGUACAACCUUUUGCAUUAGCUGCUCAUAAUGACAAUGUGUAUUCCUCAUCUAACGAUGGUGGAAUACGAGUGUGGUCUGCAGAUGGAGAGAAAAUUAUUGAACUGCGGACUGCUGAUGCCGACGUAGGUGUAUUACACGUCUUCGACGAAGGUGUUUACGCGGGAGAUGAAAGUGGUAAUGUUAUAGUAUUCAAAAAUAACGACGAAAUAGCUCGAUACAAUGUAUUAGAAGAGGUAAAAGACUUAUGGUAUAGUUCGCCGUUCCUAUUCACUGUACGAGAUCUUGAUGUUACAGUGACAGAAAUCCAACCGGGUGAAUCAAAGACUCGCUUUAUUACUCGUCACACUAUGGAAGGAACCGCGCCUUUACGUGUAGCAGGGUCACGUCUCUUAGUAAUGGCUAGAGGUGCCAAUGUUUUACGAUUGUAUGAUGCUACUGCAGAGGCUAGAUUUAAACAAUUACAUGAAGUGAAGGUUAGCGACAUGAUAGUAACAAGCUUAUCUGUACACGGCGAGUAUGCUUUUACCGGUGGGUGGGAUGGGUAUAUCCGCCGUUGGAAAAUAGCUGGUGAUCAGUUAGAACCAGCCGGAGAGCUCUAUCUGGAUGUUUGCAUAAACGCUAUUGUUGGCACAGGCAAUUGUGCAUAUGCAGUUUUAACGGGAGGAAGAAUAGUUUGUGUGAAAGCAGUUUAACCCAUCAUGAUGAAUAGGACGCGUGGAGGCUGACACCGUUUUUUAUGUAUUAUUAGUCGGAACAAAUAGAUGGACAGACAGACAAAAAUUGUAAAAAAUGUUAUUUUAGUGUAUGUACCGUAUUUAUAUUCAUAUGCAUGUAGUAAAAAACGGUUAUUUUAAUAUUACAAACAGAUACUCCAAUUUAAUUUAUAUGUACUGAUGAUUAUAGAUAACUGGAAUAAACAAGUAGUCGCUUAUUAUAAGUGAUAACCAUCGUCGUGAACAACACAACUGACUUUACAUUAUUAUGUGAUGCAUGUGGACUCAUGGUGUUCCUCAUGCAUUGUCAUUCCGCAGGACUAAGGUGUUAUGCCUCUGUAAUACAAAUUCACUGCCAUAUCUCGUUCUACAACAGAAACACAUAUUAAUCAUGGUACAAAAUAAGCUCUUUGAAUAUGUGGAUUACAGAUGAGACAGGAAUAGGCUCUGUACAAAGCAUACCUUGGUCAAAGAUAUAUUAAUUAGGAUCUACCAUAAUUAACACUAUCUAUACUAGUA